ACUCAACAAACGGUCGAUUCCAGCCAGCAGCCACAGCGCCUGUCUACCGGGCCCCCACACGCCCCCGAAUUCAAACACCUCGUUUCGAAGCAGCGGAAUAAUAAAAUCCCCCAACGACUCGCUCGAGUGGGAGAGGCGGAGGAGGAGGCAGCUUUGUCGCGGGGCAGCAGCCUACAAGAACAAGAGGUCGCGCCGCUCUAGCUCUGGUUGGGCUCUGCGCCGCGGGGAUCGGCGUCGGCAGGAGGAGGACGAGGAGGGGUGGCGGCGCGACCGGCGGGGGCGAAGGCGGCGUCGGUGAGAAGAGAGGUGGGCAUACCUUUUGUUUUCUUAUCUCCCCCUUCCGUUCGUCGUCGUCGAUCGCGCUUUUCUCCAUGUGCGUGGGGUGGGGCUUCAAAGCCAAGCGUCCGCCCUGCCCUUCCUGAUGUUCGUCGCGCUUUCUCCACCAUGCAAUCCGCGUUCUCUGAAGGAAGCGUCUCGAAUGUUCUACCAGUCACGCCGACUCGCCGUUUUGCUUCGGCAAGUUGGGAGACACCGAUCGAGUCGACAGCUUAAGAGUGAUCUGUUCCUACUCUACUUAGAGUGUAGACAUCGUUACUAAAAAAAAUCUCAUAAUAGGAAUAAAAAAAUAAACUACGCUUGGAGCCUUUGCACCUCACAAUAGUAAUAAAAUCUCAUAAUAGUUAGUACGAUACGAUUCAUAGCAGUAGGCAGUCGCUCCGUGGCCCGCCCAAUUAGCUGCGAAAGAAAAGAAGGAAACCGGGGGGCCAUCAUCGCAGUGGAACUGGACUGUGUUCUCCGGGUUUUUCCUCGCUGCGUUGGAUUCCCCUGAUCCCGCCGCGGGCCCCGAUUUCGUGUGCCCGCACCGGUCGCCGCCAGCCGACACGGCCUUAAUUCCUUCCUGAGACACGAGUGGUUGGUUUGGUUGCUGAUAAAGAAAAGGAGACGUGUGAGUGUGACACAGGUCGCAGCUCGCACGCGUGGUUCGGUGGUUGUGCCACAGCCAGUGACAGGUGGGCCCGCACGUUUUCCGUACUACUGCUUGCUACUCUGCUAGGUUAUUUGUCAUUAAUUAAAACAUACUAGUAUAAGCUCAAAUGCUACUGCCAUUUUUAACAUCCUGCUAAAGCAUUUCUUUCCAUGCUCCUUUACAUGCGUGCGUGCCAGUCAUGGCUCCUGGCAAGCUAACGGGAAGGAACCGAGGGAUUUUGCAGUCAUCUUUUCCAUAGGACUCGGUUCUUUUACGAUACGUUCCCCUACGCAAUUAUUUCGCCAUGAUCCUCUUGUGUAAAGAAAGUGCGAGAUCUUUGGAUUGUAUUACAAUAAGAAAGUAAUGUGCAGCAUGCAAGUCUUAUUAUUCCAAAGUGGGGGUCAGUCUUAAGCACACGCCUAUCCCUUUGGAUCACACGCUCUUCUCAGGUACAAGUGGAACCCACCGUACCACCACCGUCUGAUGAUCAAGGUAUUAGCUUCACCUAGUGACUAGUAGUAUUGUAGUCACUUUUUUUUUAAUUUGGAUGGACAUGCAUGCAGCUCAGAGUGUAGACUGUGUAGAAUCCCAUGCCUUGUUGUGUGUUCGCAUUCACUCAUCAGUCAUCACCAACCCAUAGCGCCGUUGUUUCUCCAGUCAAUUUUUUAAAUGACCAGACUCUCCUUCUGUGUGAAAGCUUGGGAAAUUUUGAUAGCGCCUUCGUACCACCUCAUAAUUUCGUGGCUGUGGUCACCGCAUUUACGCCUCUCAAUUCGACGUCCAGCCGAAGCAAGAAAAGAUCAUAGGGGAGAGUAUACUCGGUGGGGCUUGUGGUUUUCUGGAGCAUUCCUACUAGUCUGUGUUGUAGCUGCCAAGAAAUGAGCUUGGGGACCUGCCCGGCCGCGGCCGGCGACGCGACGGCAGAGGAGCUGCUUCAACGGGCGCGGGGGCUGGUGCCACCCGCCCUUGCCGCUGCGCGCGCGGCCACUGGCUUCGGUGGGCGGUGGAAGGCUAUCGCAGCGAGGCUGGAGAAGGUGCCACCGUGCCUGUCGGACCUGUCCAGCCACCCCUGCUUUUCCAAGAACUCGCUGUGUCGGGAGCUGCUGCAGUCGGUGGCUGCGACUCUAGCAGAGGCCGCCGAGCUCGGUGCGCGCUGCCACGAGCCUCCGAAGGCAGGGAAGCUGCAGAUGCAGAGCGACCUCGACGCUCUGGCCGGGAAGCUGGACCUCAACCUCAGGGACUGCUCCCUUCUUGUCAAGACUGGCGUGCUGUCUGACGCGACGGUUCCGGCGGCCCCGGCUGCGUGCGCACAGGCUGACGUGCGGGAGCUGCUUGCCAGGCUGCAGAUUGGGCACGCAGAGGCGAAGCACCGGGCUGUGGAUGGCCUGCUCGAUGCUCUGCGCGAGGACGAGAAGAGCGUACUGUCGGCGCUCGGCCGUGGCAACGUGGCCGCCCUGGUGCAGCUGCUCACGGCGACGGCGCCCAAGGUCAGGGAGAAGGCCGCCACUGUUCUGUGCUUGCUUGCCGAGUCUGGCAGCUGCGAGGGCCUACUCAUGUCAGAAGGCGCGCUGCCGCCGCUCGUCCGGCUGGCCGAGUCCGGCAGCCUCGUUGGGCGGGAGAAGGCUGUCAUCACGCUGCAGCGGCUGUCCAUGUCGGCCGACAUCGCCCGCGCAAUCGUCGGCCACAGCGGCGUCCGCGCUCUGAUCGACAUGUGCCAGACCGGGGACUCCAUCACACAGUCCGCCGCGGCCGGAGCGCUCAAGAACAUCUCCGCAGUGCCGGAAGUCCGGCAGGCGCUGGCCGAAGAAGGCGUCGUGCGAGUCAUGGUGAGCCUGCUGGACUCCGGCGUCGUUCUCGGCUCCAAGGAGUACGCCGCGGAGUGCCUGCAGAACCUGACGUCAAGCAACGACAGCCUGCGGCGUGCCGUUGUGUCCGAGGGCGGGCUACGGAGCCUGCUUGCCUACCUGGACGGGCCGCUGCCGCAGGAAUCACCCGUGGCGGCGGUCCGGAACCUGGUGAGCGCGGUCUCAGCGGACAGCCUGGUGUCGCUUUGCGUGCUCCCGCGCCUCGUCCACGUGCUCCGUGACGGUUCCGUGGGUGCUCAGCAGGCUGCCGCGGCGACCAUCUGCAAGAUGUCGAGCUCCAUGGACAUGAAGCGGCUGGUGGGCGAGCACGGGUGCAUCCCGCUGCUGGUGCGGCUGCUGGAGGCCAAGUCGAACGGCGCACGUGAGGCGGCGGCGCAGGCGGUGGCGAGCCUGAUGGGGUGCCCCCCGAACGCGAGGGACAUGAAGAAGGACGAGAAGAGCGUGGCCAACCUGGUGCAGCUGCUGGACCCGAGCCCCCAGAACACGGCCAAGAAGUACGCCAUCUCCUGCCUGCUGGCGCUUUCGACGAGCAAGCGGUGCAAGAAGCUGAUGAUCUCCCACGGCGCUAUCGGGUACCUGAAGAAGCUCUCGGAGUCGGAGAAGGACGUGGCCGGCGCGAAGAAGCUGCUCGAGAAGCUGGACCGAGGAAGGCUACGCAGCCUGUUCGGCAGGAAGUAGCCACCAGGCGAUCGAUCGUUCUUCAUGUACAAAGAUCCCGUCCGUCCUGUUUGUGUCAUAGCCUCUAUGACUAUGAUGAAGUGAAGUGCGGCAGGCAGCUGUUCGUUCAUGUGAAGUCCCUAACAAUGGCCAAACGAAUUUCUUUCUAGCGGUCCCCUCGCAAUGCUAAUAUAAAAUUUCUUCAUGG